AAAGCCCCCAGAAAGGAGAGGCCUCCGAGCAAGGUUCCUGGAGCUCCUUGGGCUGGAGCUGGGUGUUAGUGCUCGAGGGAGGCUUGGAGGAGACUGCAGCCGCUGCCAUCAUGUGUGAGGAGAUAAAAGCAACUGUGCAGAAACAAACGCAGAGCCCCAGGCACAGCAAGGAGGAUCUAAACAGGCUCAACCAGGCCAUCCAGCAGCUGAUGGUGGAGGUGGAUGGCACCAAGGAUCAACCUUGUGAACUAGAAAAAGCCAGGGACCUAGAAGCUCUGCAGGCAGAGGGGGCCUCAUGCAGUCCUAAGGACAAGCUGGCCUGGCUGGAGGCCGCUCUGCAGCGCACCAAGCAGGACAUUGCGACGCAGCUGCGAGAGUACCAGGAGCUCAUGAUCAUCAAGCUGGGCCUGGACUUUGAGAUCGCCACCUACCGGAAGCUGCUGGAAGAGAGCAGGCUCGAUAUGGAAUUUGGGGCCAGGAGUGUGGCACCGGGCAGCGCUCUGGCCCGCAGGCCCAGCUCUGCCUCGGGCCCCAUCCACCCGCCCGAGCCUGGAGCCGGUUCGGGUCACCUGGACACGAGCGCCCCCGGCGGCGGCUGCGCGCUCUGCAGCUCCCCUGUCUGUGCUGAGGAAUUGGAAGCAGCUGCAGCGGCUUCCACGGAUGCUGACCGCUUUCAGGAACCUCCGUUUCUCCUAUAAAGACUUGUCCUCUUGUCUCAGAUACCCUCUCCCGUGGUGCUAGCCCUUACGUCACCUCUCCCUCUUACCUGCCAUCCUGGAGUGUAAAGUCUUGAGCCAUAGUUUACAGAAUGGUGAGACCGGGCCCCAGUGCAGACAGCCUGGGCACUGGUACCACUAGAUAGGCAGGGCCUGUGGCUUACUCGGACCCACACGCUGCCCCUCUGAACUGCCCCUCCCUUCCUUUCCAGGGACUCCUCCUUUGCAAUAAAAAGUUCUGCUGUGACCCA